AUUUUUUUAUUUAUCGAUCGAUCCUGAUCGAUCUCUAAACUAACUAAUAUCGAUUUCCAGCAACUCCUCUGCAGGCUACCCUGGCCUAGCUAUUCAGAAGAUUAAGUCGGAGGAAUUAAGCUACCACGCUCUAACUGCUAGCGUCCAAUUAAGCAGCAAAAUUUAUACUAUACUACUUAAGCGCGCAUGGAAGCUUCCAAUGCGGGCGGCGGCAGCAGACACUUGCUUGCUUCGCUUUUAGCUUUCAUUUUAGGGGGAGCUAAUAAUUAUUAUGUUGAAGAAGGAGAAGAAGAAGAAGAAAGUGAGGUGGUGAUCAGGAAGGUUGUGCAGUGGAUUCGGUGGGCGUGGGAGGUGGUGAGGGAGUCGGCAUUGGUGCCGGCGCUGCGCCUCGCGGUGGCGAUGUGUCUGGUUAUGUCUGUAAUAAUGGUUUUGGAAAAGAUAUUUAUGGGCGCCGUCAGCCUCUUCGUCAGGCUCGCCGGCCGUAGCCCAUCGAAAGUGUACCGCUGGGAGCCAUUUCCCGACCACUUCGAUGAGGAGAUGCAGCAGGGAUCCAUCGAUAACCAUCCAAUGGUCCUCAUCCAAAUCCCUCUUUUCAACGAGCGUCAGGUUUAUAAUGUGGCCAUUCGUGCAGCAUGCAAUCUUCUUUGGCCGUCUGAUCGUCUUGUCAUCCAAGUUCUCGAUGACUCAACUGAUUUCGUUGUCAGGGAAUUGGUGAAGGAUGAAUGUGAGAAAUGGAAAAGAAAUGGGAUUAAUAUAAAUCUAGAAACAAGGGAUCAUAGAAAAGGUUACAAGGCCGGUGCUUUGAAGGAUGGGAUGAAAAGCAGCUAUGUGCAAAAAUGCGAAUAUGUAGCCAUAUUUGAUGCUGAUCAUCAACCAACUUGUGAUUUUCUCAAACAAACGAUUCCAUUUCUCAUACACAACCCCAAAAUUGCUCUCGUCCAGGCACGAUGGAAGUUUGUGAAUGCCGAUGAGUGUCUGAUGACAAGAAUUCAAGAGAUGUCAUUGGAUUACCAUUUCAAGGUGGAGCAAGAAGCAGGCUCAUCAACCUUUGCAUUUUUUGGCUUUAAUGGGACUGGUGGAAUAUGGCGCAUCAUGGCCAUAAAGGAAGCUGGUGGUUGGAACGAGAGAACUACAGUAGAAGACAUGGAUUUAGCAGUUAGAGCAAGUCUUAAAGGCUGGAAAUUUAUCUUUGCUGGUCAUAUUAAGGUCAAAAGUGAACUACCUUGCACCUUUAAGGCCUAUAGAUAUCAACAGCAUCGCUGGUCCUGUGGACCUGCAAAUUUAUUGAGACAUAUGACUUUUGAGAUUAUUGCAGCUAAGAAUGCGACGAUAUGGAAGAAAUUGUAUUUGUUGUACAGCUUCUUCUUUGCUCGGAAGAUUAUAUGUCAUAAUGUCACAUUCUUCUUCUACACCAUAGUGAUCCCAAUUUCAAUUUUUUUCCCUCAAGUAGUGAUUCCGAAGUGGGCGGUGGUCUACAUUCCUACAACAAUUACCAUUCUCAGCUCAGUAACAACCCCAAGUUCCAUUCAUCUGGUUUUGUUAUGGAUUUUGUUCGAGCAAGUGAUGUCCUUCCAUCGAUGCAAAGCGGUGUACAUCGGAUUGUUAGAAGCAGGGAGAGUGAAGGAAUGGAUUGUUACCGAGAAGUUUGGAAGCAACAAUAUGCAGAAUGGUAUGAAAGCUGAUCAUAAGAAGCCGAAAAGCAAGUUAUGGGAGAGAUUAAAUGUAACGGAGCUUGUUCUGGGUGCAUUCCUCGUCAUAUGUGCGUCUUAUGACAUCGCCUAUCGAGUAAAGGCCUACUACUACUACAUACUUCCUCAGUCGCUUUCAUUCCUCAUCGUCGGCUUUGGGUUCGUUGGAAACUUGUCCCAAGCAAACUUAUAAUCGAUGAUCGAUCAACAGAAAUAAUACAUUUCGGCCAUCAAUGAAUGAAUUAAUAAUUGAGCUAGAAUAAUAAUGCACAUAUGUACGUCAAAAUAAAACGGCAGUGGGUGCCAUAUCGCCAUUAUAUAUAUUGCCAGCUAUUUUGGAGGUUAUUGAUAAUGUCAUCAGAUUGCAUACCUCCCUCCCUCCCUCCUAUGUAUCUCUCAUUAUUGUACGCCUAAUAAGAAUGCAUGAGAUUUAAUUUACUGGAAA